UUCGCCCGCCUCUUCCGGCUCACUUCCGCCCACUCCACCCAGGCUCGCUGGCCGGAAACGUUCCGCGUUACCUGAGUACUGCUUCUCUGGAUCGAAUCCGGACACCGCCAAAAUGCCGGCUUACCACUCUUCUCUCAUGGACCCCGACACCAAGCUUGUCGGCAACAUGGCGCUGCUUCCCCUCAGAAGUCAGUUCAAAGGACCCGCGCCCCGCGAGAGGCAUUUUGUUAGAGUGUUGGGGCUGGAAGGAUGGCUCAGUGCAAAGGACACAGAUAUUGUGGAUGAAGCCAUCUAUUACUUCAAGGCCAAUGUCUUCUUCAAGAACUAUGAAAUUAAGAAUGAAGCAGAUAGAACCUUGAUCUACAUCACGCUCUACAUCUCUGAGUGUCUAAAGAAACUUCAAAAGUGCAAUUCCAGGAGCCAAGGCGAGAAAGAAAUGUACACGCUCGGAAUCACAAACUUCCCCAUUCCUGGAGAGCCUGGCUUCCCCCUCAAUGCCAUUUAUGCCAAACCUGCGAAUAAACAGGAGGAUGAUUUCCCUGUUUCAGAAGUGAUGCGGGCGUACCUACAGCAGCUGAGGCAGGAGACUGGACUGAGACUCUGUGAGAAAGUUUUUGACCCUCAGAAUGAUAAACCCAGCAAGUGGUGGACUUGCUUUGUGAAGAGACAGUUCAUGAACAAGAGUCUCUCGGGACCUGGGCAGUGAGUGGAUGGAGCCCGGGCAGCAUCACAUCAAGGUGUACACAGUUCUUUGUGUCCGUUAAUAAUGGAUCAUGGAGUGGGGAGCGAUUGUGUCUUUGCCUGAAAAGCUCUUGAUCAAGAAUUUGGGGGGUGGGUGUCGGGUGAUCUGAAUUUUCGGCAAUUUCAGGCUGGUACUUAAUAUGUAAUAAAUGUCAUUGCUUAUCUUAGACAUUGAAUUAAAACGUUUUUGA